AUGGAAGGUCUCUCCCUUAUCCUCGACAAAUUGAAGGAAGCUCGGUGCAUAUCAGGAUACUACAUAAAUCAAGCUAAUCAGACAGGCCAAGUCACCCACUUGUUAUUUGCAGACGAUACUCUUCUAUUUUGCGAAACCAGCAUUUCUGAAGUUCUACACAUACAAGCUGCACUUUCUUGCUUUGAGGUUAUCCCCGACUUGGAGAUUAACUUGACAAUAUCAGAAAUCCUUCCAGAUGGCGACGUCAACAACGCCUCUCACUUAGCAUCCAUCUUGGGGUGCAAACUAGGCUGUCUUCCUACAGUCUAUUUGGGGUUGCCUCUCGGUGCACAUCAAUCAUAA